GUUAUAUGUGAGAGGGGAGGCGAUCAGAAGAUUCUGGGUCUGCAUUUCACUGGUCCAAAUGCUGGAGAGGUCAUACAGGGUUUCUCCAUGGGCUUGCAGUGUGGAGCAACAUAUUCUCACCUGCUGCAGACAGUAGGAAUCCACCCCACCUGUGCUGAAGAAGUGGUCAAGGUCCACAUCACGAAGCGCUCCGGUUUGGACCCAACAGUCACUGGUUGCUGAGGUUAGGCGCCUCGGUUUCUGAACGCAGCGGGCACACAGGGUCCCUGGGCGGUGUCUCAGACGGUUAGCCUGGGUUUAUCCUGCUCUCUCUACUUUCACCUCUCCAUUUAAAUCUCCCAGUAUCACUGUUAAUCACUGGGGCCUUACUGCACCUCCUCAGCAGGUAGGUCUGGUUCUCAGCCGCUGAUUCAGGUCUGGUAAUCAGCAAGACGAAGGUUUAAAUCGGAAUGCAAUUUAAUAACCAGAACUUUUUUAUCCUAUGUACACGGAUGUGUGCUAUGAAAGAACAGGGCUAUAGAUCAAGGUAGUGACAGGGAGGGCGCUGGUGCCAAACAAACCUCUUUUAAAUAAACAAGCUCAUCAAUCAGGAUUGAAACAGAUAUUUAGGAUUUUGUCGAGAAUUGACCAGAAAUGUGAAAUGGCUCUAAAUUUUCUUCUGAAUAUACAUUCUGCAAAUAUUGUUGUUUCUCUGGCUGUACUUCCUGUCCAUUAGUCUUCGAGGUGACACAUACCAUACACCCCCCCAACAUGACACUGAUGGAUGGCCCCAGGGCCGUCGCCGCAGCGACACCGCUCCAUUUCCCAUGGACACACACACAAAUAGUCAGCAGGGCUCCCGUCAGUCAGCCUGCAGAGGCCUGGACCAGGGAGCUCCAGCUUGUUUUGGGCUCAGCAGAGUCCCGCAAACCCCUUCCUUCUCCAUGAAAAAGCCUGGAAAAAUAUACUAAUAUGUGCUGUCAAAAGCCGUGCAAAUGCCACAUCCGAGGCUUUCCCAGCUCUGUUUAACGAUGGUACUCGUCUGAGUGCUUCAUUUCAGUCGCACUACCCAACCUUACCCAAAGGCGGCACUGUUGCCCUCCAGUUCUGUAACGUCUUCUGAGCCAACAAUGGAAGGCGGGAUGAAGUAGUCACUGUAUAAAAUAUAAGCCUGAAUGCAUACUGGUUGCACAUUUAAUCCCUUUAAUCCCUAUUAGAGAUACGUGCCUCCAGAAGAAGCUGGAAAGCAGUCUGACGUUAUUGGUGCCUGGCUGAUAAGGGUUAUCUGUUGUAUAUUUACAUGGAUGGCAGGUUAGCCUUCAGAAGUCAUCACCCUUGGAGAUAAGGUGACUUGUUUAUAUCAAUAAAGCAUUAAUGGACCCCUCGCUUUGCCAAAAUGCUCAACUGUUCAACCGGCUGCCCCUGUCAGACAUCUUGGCUUUAUUAAGUCGACGAGGAGCGGGGAGGAGGGCUGUCAAUAACCAGCAGAAAUUGAAGAACCUGCGAGUAGUCUGGAGUUUAUUUUUAUUUGAAGUCUAAUCUGCCCGGUCUGAUUAAUGAUUCCGAUGAGGGGAGUGACAGAUCGUCAGGAGAUGGAGAGGUGAAAAAAAAAAAAACAGAGAGCACGAAAGCUACCAGGUUUGUUUGGGCCUCGGCCCGAGGAGAGAGAGCUGAGUACCAGCCCCGGUCGGGGAGGGAAGGGGGAUUCCUGUGUGCUCUGUUCAGGGCCGAGGUGCUGACUGAAAGACCCUGACCUCCGCUCAGCAGGAACAGCUUGACUCUAUCACUUGGAGCACAGAGGGCUCAUGUGCCGUAGCACAGCACAGCAGGGGGGGUUAAACAGAGAGGGAGGGGCAGCAUGGGCCAGGGAGCAGACCAAACCGACCAACACAAUAAUGAGUUGUGCCCUGGCUUACUUAGACUAUGUUCCUGUGCUUAACACGCCACUUCAGGGGCCGCCAAGGUGGGCCUGAAGCGGUGGAGGGGAAGUCAUUGAGACCAUCAGGGUAACUGUAAUAUGUUAUAUUUUUUACCCUUCACUAUCCUCCUGCUGUGUCCCGUGUUCUCUCCUAUUCGCUGCUCGGUACCGCUGGUAACACGCACAAAGAGUCUUAUUUCUUUUAGGUACACUGAGAUGAGAUAUCUCCUGUUUAGUAUUGAUAUUGAGGUCAAAUAUUUGCCCUCUAAGGCUCAGCUGUGCAGAGGUGUGCGAGUGGGGGUCAGGGCUCAACUUUCAGGUCGGCCAGCUAAUGACGACCUGCACUAAAAACCAGAACUGGAGAGUGCAGGCCCGAUGUCCCCUGGCCAAAAAGCUGAAGGAGCUGUAAAUAGAUAAAUGUCAUUUUACAACAGAGCUUUGUGAUUUCUUAUUUAUAUAUUAAAAAAUAACACACUCA